AUGCGAAUGUUGCAGGGUAAAAAGCAAAAAAUGGACAAACUGUUAGGAGAACUUCAUACGCUUCGUGACCAACAUCUAAAUAACUCCUCUUGUUCUCCUCAAAGGAGUAUUGAUCAAAGAAGUACAACUUCAGCUGCUUCCGGUCCUGUAGGCAUAGUAACUGUUGUCAAUGGCGAAUCAAAUAGCCUGGCAUCUGCUCCCUAUCCUCCUGAUUCCCUGGUUUCUCAGAAUGAGAGUGAAGAGGAUGACAAUCUAAAUCCAACAGAAAAGCUUCAGAAGCUAAAUGAAGUUCGUAAGAGGCUGAAUGAGUUACGCGAAUUAGUUCACUACUAUGAGCAAACAUCUGAUAUGAUGACAGAUGCUGUGAACGAAAACACUAAGGAAGAGGAAGAAACAGAAGAAUCAGAAAGUGAUUCUGAACAUGAGGAUCCACAGCCUGUUACAAAUAUUAGAAACCCUCAAGGAAUCAGUAGUUGGAGUGAAAUAAAUAGCAACUCCAAUGUACAGUGUGGAACUAAUAACAGAGAUGGAAGACAUCUUAAUACAGACUGUGAAAUAAAUAACCGAUCUGCUGCUAAUAUCAGGACUCUCAAAAUGUCUUCUACUCUAGACUGUCAUAAUAGGGAAGAUGGCAAAGAUACCGACCUACCCCAGGGUGAAGAUGAUGAAGUGGAAGAAGAUAGAGUUAGUGAAGAUUCCAUAUCUAGUCACAGAAGCAGCCUGGGUGAUGCUGCUGGAGAUGCCGAGUUUGAGCAGAAGAUCAAUAGGCUUAUAGCUGCAAAACAGAAACUUAGACAGUUACAAAACCUUGCUGCUAUGGUGCAGGAUGAUGAUCCGGAAGCUCAAGCAACAAUUGCAAAUGCAUCUAAUAUAGGUGACUUGUUUUUGGGUGAGAUGGAAGAGACAAAGCAACAACCAAAUAAUGUCCGAGCUAGUACCAACAAGUUACAAAAAGAUGUAGGACUGAAUGAAAAAGCAAGAGAGAAGUUUUAUGAAGCUAAACUUCAGCAGCAGCAGCAGGAGCUUAAGCAGUUACAAGAAGAAAGAAGAAAACUGAUUGAAAUUCAAGAAAAAAUCCAAGUGUUACAGAAAGCUUGUCCUGACCUUCAAUUGUCAGCUGGCCUGGGUAACUGCCCAGCAAACAGGCAGACUUCACCAGCAACCUCAACUCCAGCCAUGAAUGAGUGUAACACAGCUGGCAAGCCUUUACUUGAAUUUGAUGAUUCUGUACCAGUAGGCAAUGAG